AUGGUCAUGGCAACGGGCCGCGUAUCACACAUUGUGCAUCCCCGGCCCACUGGCCGGUACGUGUAUGAGUCUUCGUCCGAGGAAGAUGAAUACGAUGGGGGUGCUCGCUACGUCUCGAUGGAUGCGCUGGCAUCUGAUGAUGACUCGGACAGUGAGUGGGACGCGCCUGAUCGGGCGACACGUCAGUCCAUGGCACAUAUCCGGCUUGCCAAUGAGCUCGAUCCCUGGGAGCGUUGGGAGAAUGUCUGCGAAAAACGUGCCUGGGAGCGGGUUCGUCGAGCUCGAACGUUGGAACCCUCCGUACGUGCUUCAGCGCCGACGUACCAGCAAGAUACCAAUGUGGAUGAAGUGCAAAACAUGCUGGCUCGAUUCCAAAUUCAACAGCGUGCUGUUGAACAAAAAGAGCGCGAGGGAUUUGAGAAGCGUAAUGCGAAGCUAUGGGAAGGAAUUGAGCUGGCCAUUCGUCAGGCUGAGCUGCGGGCUGCUGACGAAGCGAAGCAAUUAGCGGAAGCGCGCAAGAAGCAAGAAGAAGCAGAGGUCAAGGCCAAGCUAGCGCGGGAUGCGGAAUUGGCGCGCAUUGAGUCAGAGAAGAAAGAGCAAGAAGCCAAAAAGCGCGAAGAAGAGGCCAAAGUGCGUGCCCAAGCUGAGCAGAACGAAAAAGAGCGUGCGGCGAACGUCUACCGAGGCGGAUCGCACGUUUGGGAGACGGCUCAAACUGAAUACGCACAUUGGCAAGAACGCAUGAAAUACGUGAAGCAAAACAUCUUACCGAAUGUUGCACAGCGUUCAGACUGGCGUAAGCAGUGCUUUGCAGCUAAGCGAGCCAUCACGCCCAAGAUUGGGCAGCUGACGAAUUCUAGCACAGAAAUUGCUCGAAUUACUGCCGCCAUAUCAGAUGUAUUGCAGCAGGCGCGGGAUGUACCGGAUCCAGAUGCUGCGACAUGCCUAUACUUUUGGAUGCUCAAUCACCUAGCUAAAUGCUUGAUUCGACAGGCCGAGCAAGAAGUGGCUGCGCGCCAGCAGACCGCUUUUCCUCUUGCGCGUCUGAUCAUGGGACUACAAUUACGUGGACAUGCUGCUGUAGGAGACGUCUUGAUGGCUCGACUCGUGAAAAAGUGUCCAUGGGUCUUGGCGUACCUGCCGAAUCGUGGCGGAGAAGAUGAUGCGUCGUACCGUAAACGACUUGGAUUCAAAACAGUGGAUGAACCUAUGCAAACGUACUCAGCGCGUAUUGCUGGCAUCUCUGCUUUGUAUUUUGCAUGUCUUCAAACCAAUCUUGAGUCGGUGGCCGCAUGUGUGGCGCUACCGCCUGGGGUCUCUGUACGCGAUGCUGCCCAACAUAUACCCGAUGCUUUGCGCCCUGGGCGACUCUGGACAUGGCAGAUUCGAUCGAUGACGCCUCCUCUUACGGAGCAGAGACUCGUCAUGCCUUUGUGGUGCACAUUUUUGGAGAUGGCCGGCCCUGUUGUUUUGCAGCGCUAUAAAAGGCAGCAAGCCAAAAUAUUAACUCUCCUUCUUCAGGAAGGCGUCCAAAACAAUCGGCUCGGCGUACAGGAAGCUGAUGACACACAAAAAGCUGCGCGCGUUCGUCUCACCCUCCUUCUGGAUACAUGGUCGGCGAAGCAAUCUUUCGGCGAGCAUGCUUCCCCCGGUCGAGAUAUGGAUACGUAG